AUGAGUAAUCAAACUUUAUUCGACAUUUAUGGUGAUCGAGGGCUUCCAUUUGGAUUAAUUACCGUUAAUGUUGUUAGAGUUGUUAUUUCCACAGUUGGUGUUUUGCUUAAUGCUGCUUUUGUCUUUGUUACAAUUAAAAUUAAGUUUGUACUUGUAAAAAUACAUAUAUCCUUUAUACGUAUUUAUUUGUGUAUGGCAGUCAUUCCAGGGUCGAGACGAAAUUUACAAACCCCAAAACCUGGACUUUUUUUCGAUCCAAAAUCCAAAACCCGACCUGACUAA